AUGUAUAAUGAUCACCCAAAGCCGAAAAAAUAUCAAGCCGAAGAAACGUCGAAGAGAAAGAUCGAAACCCACCUGUUUCUUGAUCCCGGUUUUCUUGGUUCUGGUUUUCCUAGUUCCGGUUUUCCUAGUUGCGGUUGUUAUCCUGGUUGUCAUAGUCCCGGUUUUCCUAGUUGUUGUCUUGGUCCCGGUUAUCCUGGUUGUUGUCUUGGUCCAGGUUAUCCCGGUUUUGGUUGUCUUGGUCCCGGCGAAUUCAAUUAG